AUGUCCUUAAAGCCGGCACACUGCUUUGUGCGUGUGCGGCCCCUCACUGACGACGAGUUAAGGGCGCAGGAGCCGAGUUGUCUCACGGCGGAACCUGAAAAGCGGUGCAUCCGCGUUGGGCAGACAGAUAGUUACCACUUCGACGGUGUCUUUCAUGCAGCAACAACGUUGCAGGAAAUUUGCGAUACUCUCGUGGUGGGAUUGGUGCGAGAGGUGUUGAAGGGUUACCAAGAGGCGGUGCUUUUGUACGGUCCGACGGGUGGCGGGAAGACCCACACCCUGAACCAGCUGCUACCUGUGGUCGUCCGUCUAUUACUACAAGUUGCCGACUUAGAGCGUCUUACGUACGAGACAACGGUCACAAUGGAGUGUGUGGAGCUGUACAUGGAGCGUGUGUCGGACCUUUUUGACCCGUCCAAAACCGAUCUGCAGCUGCGAGAGUUUCCAGACACGGGUGUCUACGUACGAGGGGCGACAGAGAUGCCUAUUCGAUCCCCAGAGGAGCUUACACAAGUGUGGAGGAAAGCCGAGUUAUCCCGCUCACGCAACGCCACACGCCUCAAUGCCACAAAUACCCAUAGACACUGUCUUGUGACGUUGAAGAUAAGGCGUCGCCGUAAACUUCGGAACGACUACACGCUGAAUGAAGAGACAUUCGACAGCGACGAGGUUCCUUCUUCUCUGGUGACGACUGGGAGGAUAUACUUUGCCGACCUUGCUGGGUGCGAGCGACUGAAGGACUCUGGUAACGAUGGCGUUCGUCAGGCCGAGACAAUCACAAUCAACCAAUCUCUCUCAUCCCUUUGCAGUGUCAUGAAUGCACUGACUGACCCCAAGAAGACACACGUUCCUUUUCGGGACAGCAAACUCACCCGUCUGCUACAGGAGCCAUUGGGAAGAGAUGGCAGAUGUUACGUUCUGUUGUGCUUGCCACCCUCAGAAAGGUAUUUACCAGAAACACGUCUGGCACUGGCCUUUGGUGUACGGGCCAUGUCCAUUAUGCAACAGGCCGUUAGCCGUAAACAAGUUGACCCAACCACACAUCUAGUUGAGGUUCAACACUGGUUAGCUAGCCGCGUGCAUCUACUAGAAGCCCAGGUGCGGCGUCUGACAUCGUCCACCUUUGUCGAGUGUCCUAGAUGCAUAGAGAAGGAGAUUAAAUUACAUGACUUGUCGGAAGAAAUAAAACGCCAAGAGGCGAUCAUUUUCCACACAAAGGAGGAGUACGAUGUUUCACUUUUUCGUUUGCGGAGCGCCCUCGAGACGGCGCAAAACGACUCUGAACAUUAUCGUAAAAAAUCCACAAAAAGUGCGGUAUCGGAUGAAGAUGCGUACGAGCAGAAGAUGCGGGUCCUUAAUGAGUACUGGACUGGCUACGCUGCCUCUCUCCAAGAAGAGCUCGAGAAAACCGAACAAGAGAGGGAUGACGCCUGCUGUGAGUUACGCAUACUAUCCGAUGAAAUAAGACACUUAAGAGGAAUAGGACAUCUAAUAGACUCCUCACAUCCAAAUCCUGGCAUCACGGAACACAAUAAGAAUAAAGACUACAAUCAUACAGACGUCAGUACAUUCAUUGACAACAAUGGUAGCAUAGAGAAAGAACCCGAGAAUUUGCAGGAGCAGCUGUCGACUGCGGAGGCGACUGCCGCUGAACUUCGAACAGAGAACAAGCGUCUCUUGCACGCGUGCAGCUCGCUGCGCACGGAGCUGUGUGAGGCACAGCAGCGGGCAGCGGAGCUGGGUGAUGCCUCCGUCGAGGUGGGGGAGCUGCAGACACUGUGCCACAACCUUCGGCAAGGACUGGAUGCGGCGGAGCAGCGUGGCAUGCAGCAGCGCGAGAAUUUGCAGGAGCAGCUGUCGACUGCGGAGGCGACUGCCGCUGAACUUCGAACAGAGAACAAGCGUCUCUUGCACGCGUGCAGCUCGCUGCGCACGGAGCUGUGUGAGGCACAGCAGCGGGCAGCGGAGCUGGGUGUUUGUGAUUUUCUCAGUAGGAAGCCGUUAAAGAAAGGCGGAAAUGUUUCCGUUUUCCGAGGUGAUUGUGCCCAAGCUUCAUUGCGUAAUAGGAAGAAGCAUUUUUGCUGCUGGCGGAGUAAACUUUCUUCUGCCAUCGACGAGUUGAGUGGAAUAACACAAUCGGAAGGUAGUGGUGUGAGAAUCGGGUUGGUGAGUGAUGACAAUUUGACUGUAGAUGUUUCAAAUGUGGUGGUGCCCGAUGCAGCUUCAGUUGACAGCACAGCUAUCGUACUGAUGGAUAUUGAGGCCGCGUUGUAG